AUGACAGCCCCGGAAUAUCUCGAGCGAUAUAAACAGCUGGCAUCUAUAGAACAAGAUAAGAAUAUCCUAAUCGAGGAACUUUUGCAGCGUGUGACAGAGCUGGAGGCUGCCUUCCAGCAAGAGAAACUCGAUCAUGAACGUGAAACGCGGUUUAAUCGUGAUAUCCAGCUUCAUGAAAUGGAGUUAAUGCAGCAUAUCGCGAGGAUCAAGGCCAUUAUGGACCGCGAGCCCUUUAUAGUCGUGCUACUAGAUGGAACUGGCAUCAUCUUCAAGGACGAGUUCCUACAAAGGGGAGAAGAAGGUGGCAAAGUUGCAGCCAAUAAGCUUGCUGUCGCCCUGAAAGACUAUGUUGCCAGCAAUUUCCCGGGCCUUGAUAAUCCAAAAAUAAUCACGAGGAUGUACGUUAACUUGAAAUGUCUGAGUGAGAUGUGUGUCCGAGGCGUCAUUAGCACCGACCCAUCAUCGAUCGAGGGCUUUGCUAAGGGCUUCAACAAUGGCCAUCCACUGUUCGACCUUGUGGAAACUGGACUAGACAACGCACAUGACAAGAUCGCAGGUACGCAACAAGACUUCCUUGUCCAAGAUACUUGCAUUGGAUGCGCCGACACCAACGCAUAUGCCCAGAUCUUGGUGGACAUAAUGGAAGACAUUGACCUAGUAGGAAGAGUAACCUUGAUCGAGGGCAUCACCUUUGAAAAAGAUCUGGCCAAAAUCAAGGCCGCAUACAGAGUCUCUCAGUUCCCAGAAAUCCUUCGAAAUACAAAAAUAACACCUGUCUGGGCCCCGUGGAAAGCCGCAGUAGCGUCCAAACCUCCUCCAGCUCUUACUCCAUCGCCGAAACCAGGCGCAGUGCCACUGUCACGAACCUCGACCAGCACGUCAACGAACGCUAGUACGUCGAUGUCUUCCACUUCUGCCAGGCCAUCAACUCCUGGGGAUUUCCAAGUGGUGCAAUCGAAAUCAGUUACGCCCGCACGACCCAAGAUCGUUGAACGAAACAAGUACGGUCAACGUGUAGACCGGGUUGACUUUAAAAGCAUCCCGCGAGAAGAGAUGAAUCGCCUGAAGAAACUAAAAUUAUGCAACCUUCAUUACCUCCUAGGAGAAUGCACAAUUGACAACUGUCAGCAUGACCACUCGCGCAGGUUGACCAAAAGUGAACUUUCAGUUUUAACCGCCAUCGCCCGCAUGACACCCUGCCGAUAUGGACUAGAUUGCGAUGACCCGGAAUGUACAUAUGGGCAUCGGUGCCCUCACGCAGAGCCCGGGAAAAAAGAUUGUUACUGGGGUUCGAAUUGUCGAUUUGAUCCUGCCGCGCACGGCAUCGACACCAAUAUCGUUAAGUUAACCAAGGUCUAA